AUGGCGGCCUCUCUCGCGCAGCGACUUACCUUCUGGUUCACUGGUGGCGAGAAUCCUCCGCAGGUCCCGCACCCACCCCACAUCCGCCCGAUUCUGUUGGAAGCUCGCGCCAUGCUUAACCUUAAGCAGAAGUUGCCUUCAGGCGCGACUCGCGAGGAAAUAAUAAAAGUGGUGAACGAGUCGGUGACAGACCGCCAGCUGCAGGCACAUGCACUGAUGGCAAUGAAGGAGCAGUUGGGCAUUUCAUUCGACAAAACGUUAAACCCCAAUAUGCCAGAACCAGAGUACUUGCAUUGCACACAGUGA